CUGGGACGCCAGGAUCACGCCCUAGGCCGAAGGCAGGCGCCAAACCGCUGAGCCACCCAGGGAUCCCCUCAUCUAGAUUUUCAUGCUUUUAUGUUUAAACAUAUCAUGGCUCCAGAGUUCUGAGGCGGGUGCCACAUCUAUGUGGGCUUCAUGCUGUGGGCUGCUGAAUGAAGUCAUGGGAACUGGAGCUGUCAGGGGCCAGCAGUCAGGAUUUGCAGGAGGUACCGGUCCAUUCAGAUUUGCACCAAAUUCUGAUUUUUCCACUUACCCAUCAGUACCUAUGGAAGGGCCUAAUAUAGUUUGCAAAGCCUGUGGACUUUCCUUUUCAGUCUUUAGAAAGAAGCAUGUAUGUUGCGACUGCAAGAAGGAUUUUUGCUCCGUUUGUUCAGUCUUACAAGAAAAUCUCCGUAGAUGUUCCACAUGUCACUUAUUACAAGAGACGGCCUUUCAGCGCCCUCAGUUAAUGCGACUAAAAGUCAAGGAUCUCCGGCAAUAUCUCAUUCUUCGAAAUAUCCCAAUUGAUACCUGUCGAGAGAAAGAAGACUUGGUAGAUUUAGUACUCUGCCACCAUGGGCUGGGCUCUGAGGAUGACCUGGACACAAGCAGCCUGAAUUCCUCACGAUCCCAGAGUUCUGGCUUUUUUGCACAUUCAUUUUUUUCAAACCAUACAGCCCCUUCUGCUACCGUGUCUUCAUUUCAGGGAGACUUUAUGGGUGGAGACCAGAUCUUGGGAUCUGGAGUUCUGGCACAGGUACAAAGUGAAAUAGCUUCAGCAAACACAGAAGAGGAGGAUGAUGAAGAUGAUGACGAAGAUGAUGAGGAUGAUGACGAUGAAGAAAACUUGGAGGAGCGGACUCCUGGCCUCUCUGAGAAGCGAGUAAGAGCUUCACUAUCUGACCUAUCAAGCCUAGAAGAUGUGGAAGGAAUGAGCGUGCGCCAGCUGAAGGAAAUCCUGGCUCGGAAUUUUGUCAACUAUUCUGGCUGUUGUGAAAAAUGGGAGCUGGUAGAGAAAGUAAACCGGUUAUACAAAGAGAAUGAAGAAAACCAAAAGUCAUAUGGCGAGCGACUGCAGCUGCAGGAUGAGGAAGAUGAUCGCUUGUGCCGUAUCUGCAUGGAUGCCGUCAUUGACUGUGUCCUGCUUGAGUGCGGGCACAUGGUCACCUGCACCAAGUGUGGCAAGCGCAUGACAAAUGAGAAACCUGACAUGGGCUCAUGCAGAAUGGUUCCUGGGACAUGAAUGAUCUGAAAUUGCUUUUCUUUCACAUCUAACUAACUCCAACCAGGGUGGUGUUUGGUUGAAACCCAACUGUGGACUCAUUCCCACCGGUAGGCUGUGUAGGUAUGUUUUUAAGAAAUGCCUAACUUCUGAACUGAGGCCUGUUCAGUUUAUUUUUUGAUUCUACAGUGGGUAGCACACAUGCCUUUUAAGUGCUCAGAAUCCAUAAGUUGGUCACACAUCUGAUGAUUAUAGCAAGGGAGGCAGAUAGUCCACCCCUGGACUAGGAAAGUUUGCCUUGUGGAGAAAAGCAUGCCUUCCCACCUCUUCUGGUUUUAAGGGUCAAAACCUCGUGGAUAUUUCAAGUAACCUCUCCUGUUUGCCUACAGCGCCCUGGACGGGUGUUGGCCACAGUUCACAGUAAGCAGCCUGAGCAGAUCGUUGCUGCAGGAGCAAUAAAACCGAAUCCCUGCUGAAGCUUUAGGAGCACUUACCCUGUCUGUACCUCUUGUGAGACCGUAAACUCCAAAACUGCAAUCUUGCCCACAAAUUGCUAAUUUGGUGGCAAGAAGUCUUCAAAUCCAGGCCAGCAAGUGAUAGUGAACACACUGAAAUAGAAGCUGAGUAGCAGGUGCUGGUUUGUCUUAAGUUAGAAAAUUGAGAUUUAUUUGUACAUUGUCUCAGCUUCAAUCAGCUUGUUUUGUGUUUCUUCUUGGAUUUAAAGAAGUGGUCUCAGAUACUUGUUUUUAGCAAGAGAACAAAAACUCAAAAGUGUAUUUUUUUUUUUUUAAGAUAGUGUUUUGAAUUAAUCCAGGUUUAGUGAGUAGCCAAAAGAAAUUUUUAGCCUGAGAGGCUUGAUGACUAAAAUAACCAAAUAACCAAAGGUACUAACUGGUUUGGAAGAGGGCAGAUAUUUCCCCUGCAAUGUGCAUUUUCUAGUGGCAUGCUCUGCUGCUUUUGAUUUUUUGAAUAGGUAAUAUAUGGGUAAGAGUCUGAAGGUGUACAGUGGAAUACAAUGCUGUUCCUCACCCCUGUCCUCAUAUCCUCACAAUAUGGAAGGAUGGCAUCUGAUGCUUUGGAUGUGCCAUGGUGUUUAUCCUUUGGAAGCCUCAGUUCCCUAGAGGAAGCCGGGAUGGAGCUUUUCUGGGUUAGGAAGCUGUGAUAAUCGAAAAAGCACAGCCUCUGGUUUAUGGUCCUUUUUUUGCUUCAUCAGUUAUGGUCUAUGGACUCCGAGCAACUACCUGCAAGCUUAAAAAUGACAGGUCUGUGUAUAAACUGUACUGGUGUAUAACCUUGACUGGUUUGUUCAGUACACGCGGGGGAACUCCUAUGCAACCACACUCCAGGUUUGAGGCAGGCCACUGUCCUGCAGUGGUCGCAUAGGAUUGCAUAUGAGGCAUGUCCCUAUAGUAGCUUUGGCUCCCUGGUCCUCGAAGCCCUCUCCGCCUCCUCUUGGCAGACCUGUGUACUCCUGGAAACGCUACAGGAGUAACAAGGCCCUCUGACUCCAGAAGUUCACCUGGAGCAUUGUUAUCCUUAAAGCAAUUCCUAAAGAAGAGGAGGCCUUUAGAGCUCAGGCUGAUGUCUGUGGGGGCGCUCCACGAUGAACAGGCUUACAAAGGUAAGCCACAUUUGUAUAAAUAAACCAUAGUUGUUGGGGCCCCUGGAUGGCUCAUUCAGUUAAGUAUCUGCCUUCGGCUCAGGUUGUGAUCUCGGGGUCUUGGGAUCGAGCCCUGCAACAGGCUUCCUGCUCAAUGAAAGGGUCUGCUUCUCCCUCUCUGCGAUCCCCCCCCUUCUGGCUCAUCUUCUUGCUCUCUAAUAAAAUCUUUAUGGGUUCUUUUUUAAACUAAUCUUACCUUUGUAAAGUGUAUCUCCUGAGUUAAAUUCUGGGGUACAACAGCUGCAUAUGUCUCCAAUUUG